AUGCUGAACAAGACCAUUCACAAAGCCGUCAAAGAAAUUGGAGAGGAUGAGGUGCAACUAUGCCUGGACGCCAAGUAUCUUCCCGUAACGCCAACGGACCCACUCCCCAGCUACGAAGGGGCUACCAACAAGAGACUGGAUGCCGACAUCGAAGAAUGGGAAGUGAGAGCGGUUCUACAAACAAAAAACUGUAAAUCGGCGUCCGGAGCGGACCAAGUUACCAACAAGGCAUUGAGGAACUUGAACGACACGGCAAUCGAAGCCCUCACCAAGUACUACAACCAGUGCUGGCGGACGGGCAAGCUACCACAACAAUGGAAGACCGCGAAAACGGUCCUGAUCCCCAAACCGGGCAAACCACCCAGCAUAGACAACCUGAGACCCAUCUCUCUAACGUCGUGCGUGGGCAAGGUGCUGGAACACGUCCUACUCAACAGAUGGCAACAUUAUUUGGAAGACUCCAACAUAUAUCCACAUACAAUGCUGGGGUUCCGGGCCAAACUGUGUACCCAGGACGCCAUGCUGUUACUCAAGAACGAAAUCGUGGACAGACAGUUUUCCACGUUGGAUAACAGAGCGGUGCUCGGGCUGGAUCUCCAGGGAGCAUUCGACAACGUACACCACUCGGCCGUCCUUCGGCAGGUGUCCCACCUCAACAUGGGGGAGAGGACGUUCGCUUCCAUCAAAGACUUCCUGACCAACCGCACCACGCGGCUUGUGGCAGGAGAACUACAACUACCGCUCAAGCAGCUGGGGAGCAAGGGGACCCCACAGGGCUCGGUGAUCUCCCCUCUGUUGUUCAACCUCGUCAUGAUAGGCGUUGCAAGAAGAUUGGAACAUGUUAGAAACAUCAAGUACACGAUCUACGCGGACGACAUCACGCUGUGGUCAACGGGAGGAAGCGACAGCCAGAUCGAGGCAGCCCUCCAAGAAGCCGUCGUCGCCGUAGAAGAACACCUACGACCCACCGGACUCAAAUGCUCACCAACCAAGUCGGAACUGGUAGUGAUCUCACCGCAAAGUGCGCGACGCCCGAUAACGCAGCACAUCAACGUGGUAACCCAAGACGGAACGCCGAUACCGCACGUGCAGACGCUCAGAGUUUUGGGGCUGCACCUCCAGGACCUGAACCGCAACAACGUGACGAUACAGAAGCUCCACGCAAAGCUCUCGCUGGCCACCCGCUUACUCAAGAAGGUGGCCACGCGGUACCAGGGCAUGAGAGAAGACAGUCUACUACUACUCACCCAGUCGUUUGCAGUCAGCCACAUCUCUUACGUUGCGUCGUUCCACAAUUGGAAAGUGGCGGAGAACAUGAAGAUUGACGCAAUGAUCAGAAAGGCGUACAAGACGGCCUUGGGCCUAUACCCCCACACCAACACGGAACGCAUGCUCGCGUUGGGCGUUCACAACACGCUUAAAGAAAUCGCAGAAGCCCAGCGAACGGCGCAGUAUCACCGCCUGUCCCAGACCAGGACGGGAAGAACCAUACUACAACGCAUCGGAAUCAACGCGCCAGCGACGACCCCGGAGGUAGCAAAGCAGCUACCCCGGGACGUUAUCCAAAGACUGAGGGUACCACCCUUACCGAAGCAAAUGCAUCCGCAAGUACACCAAGAAAGAAGAAUGGCGAGAGCCACGGUCCUCACAAAGGGUCACGCCAUCGAUCCGCGCGCGUACUACGUGGACGUGGCGAAGUAUCCCCACCGGCCAAACACGUACGCAGCAGCAGUCAUCGCUGCAGACACUGGAGUACUCACAACGUCGGGAAGCAUACGGUGCAAGUCGCCCACGCAAGCCGAGGAGUUUGCAAUCGCACUGGCACUAGCGAUCCCUGAUUGCCGCACGGUCCUCAGCGACUCGAAGCCGGCAAUAGUCAACUUUGCUACAAACAACGUCCAUGGAACCACUGCAAGAGUAUGUUCAACGAUAGCAAGACCGGAAACCAACGUUACCGUCAAGUGGUUCCCUGCGCACGCCGGGGAGCUGGACGCGGGCCCGAACCGCAACGAGGAGGCAGAUACGGAGGCACACGCGCUAACUAGCCGCGGGUCUCCGUCAACGCAUUCCUCGGAGCCGCAACGACCCGAUGCCGAAGACGAAGAGUAUUCCUUCACAACCUACGGCGACGUUCUGCAGUGGUACAGAACGAGCAGGCGCCUCUACCCACCACCUCACCGAGACCUACAACGCAGCGAAGCAGCCACACUACGGCAGUUGCAAGUACAAGCCAUAUGGACCCCCGUAUGGGCAAAGCACGUGUGCCUGGAGGUAUACACCACGGAUAUAUGCCAACACUGCAACAAGGCGCGCGCCACCCAGAGACACCUCCUCUGGGACUGUGCGCCACCGCCGGGCGACCAAGAAGCAAUGCCAACUGCCAUCAGCAGCAAGAUCAUCAGCCGAGAGCCAGGCAACCAAAGAGACGUGGUCCAGCACGUGCUUAGCAUCCUGGAACGCCAGCGGCCGAAAGCGGCGCCCCCACGGGUUUGA